GGAAUGACAGAUUUUGGAGAAGGUGCAGCUGAGACUGGAGAAACACAAACUACGAUGGAGCGACAGAAAUAUCCACAUCCCACCUUCCCCAAAGUAACACUAUGGGAUCUUCCAGGAAUUGGGACUCCCCACUUUGAACCAAAGCAAUACCUGAAGCAGGUACAUUUUGCGGAGUAUGAUUUCUUCAUCAUCGUUGCCUCAAAUCGCUUCACUACAAUUGAUGCCCUCCUGGCUUGUGAAAUUCAGAAGAUGGGCAAGAAGUUCUACUACGUGCGCACCAAAGUGGAUGUCAGUAUAGAUUCUGAAAGAAGGAAACCAGGCUUCAGUGAGGAGAAAUGCCUGGAGAAGAUUAGGACAUACUGCAGAGAUAACCUGACACAGGGAGGAGAAUCUGUUCCAAUGGUUUUUCUCAUCUCCAGGUGGGAUUUGGAUCUGUAUGACUUCCCCCUCCUUCAAGAGACCUUGGAGAAUGACUUGAGUGAUCUCAAGAGAGAAGUUUUAAUUGCAGCUAUGCCAGCUUUCUCCAAAGAAGUUCUGAAGAAGAAAAAGGCUGCUAUGGAUUCCUUUAUAUGGAAAGUAGCCCUUGUGUCUUGUGGCAUCGGGGCAAUCCCUGUCCCUGGCCUCUCUCUCGUCUGUGAUAUCGACAUCUUGGUUGGAACAAUGACAUAUUUUUGCAAAGCCUUUGGUCUGGAUGAAGGUUCCCUCCAUAGACUUGCGAACCGGGUUGGCAAACCUGUUGACGUGUUGCGAUCAGCUAUCAAAAAGUCCCCAAUGGCCAGCCAAAUCACCAAAGAAUUUGUGAUUGAUCUGCUGACCAAGUCAUUAUUGUGUGGAACAGAGAUGGCGGUCGAAUUUGUGAUUGAUUUUGUACCUGUGUUGGGCUCUCCUACUGGCGGAGGGCUUUCUUUUAUAACAACAUUCUACUUGCUGAAGAACUUUCUGCAUGAUGUUGAGGAAGAUGCUGAGAAUGUCUGGGCAAAAGCUGCAGAGUCCUCAGACAAGUAAAGGACCAAGACACCUCAUGUGGAGAAGUGACUGAGGCAAACAGUGCUGGACAUUCAUGCAGAGAACAAGGAAACCAAACUUCAGAACUGAUUCUGGGUAUCAUACCCAUGUUGGAUAUCCUAGUUGGUGGGGCAGAUCUUUUGGAGCCCCAUUCUCCCUCCUGAGAAGCUUCUGGAAAAAAACUGAACGAAAAUGCUCAGAACAAUCAAGGAAAGCUGUUGAGCAUUAAGAGUCCCAGCUAAGGAGCCUCCUGAAAAGAAAAGCUGAGGCAUCAAAAUUAUGCAUAAUGGUCAUGCACUGUAUAUUGGAAAGGAAAGGAAACAGGAUUUCACUUUCUGAUUCGAAGCCCCAUCUCC